ACAAUUCCACGCUGACAUGCUUGGUAAACCGGUGCUAGGAAAAAGAAAGCUUGUAAAUACAAGUUAUACGAACGAAAGCAUGAGUUAACAGGUCUUUUUUUAAGUUUUAUAAUCUAUUUUUUGAUUGAGGACGCUGAUUUUGAUUUUGGGUGACAAAUACUCAGAUCCCACCAUGCCUCUGAUGUUUCUGUACAGCAGCCAGGACUUUGUCACUGAUGUGCACCGGACCAGAGGAAGCAGUCUCGUGCCAACCAAGUUUGACACAACUAUCCAAGGUGGCUGGAGAGACAGGAUGGACAGAGGACUCUUCCGUUAUCACCUUGGGGAUUUACAAACACGUAUCCUGCCAGGCCACCACGGCUUCAUUGCCCAACUUAACAUUCAAAGAGGAACAGAGAGAAGAAAACCUCAGGAGAUAUUGAGCAUUCAACAGGAGUUCAAUGCCAAACAAUUCAAUUUUAACAAAAUCAAUCCAGAAGAAAUCAUAUUUGAGAUGAUAAAGGACACUGAGGGAGGAAGUGAGAGGGGCCAGCUGCAUCAGCCCUGUAGGAUGGUUGUGCUGGUCAACAUCAGCCCUCUUGAGUUUGGGCAUUGUCUCUUUGUUCCAGAUCCUUCACACUGUCUCCCACAGGUCCUGACACCGUUCGCCAUCCAGGUUGGUAUUGAAUCUGUGCUCCUCAGCGCUGAUCCUGGCUUCCGUGUGGGGUUCAACAGUCUAGGAGCAUUUGCAUCGGUCAAUCAUUUACACCUGCAUGGGUACUACAUGGACCAUGAGCUCAAGAUAGAAUCAGCGCCAGUAAAGCCACUGCUUCCUGAAAAGGGAUUUUAUCAUUUGUUGGACUUUCCUGUUGGCUUUUUGUUUUACACAGAGUCAGAGCAGGUGGAGAAAGUGGCCGGAGCCGUCUGUGUGGUCACAAACUUUUUUGUGGAGUGUAACAUUGCUCAUAAUCUCUUCUUAACUAGAGGAUGUCUGCCCAUGUCUGAAAAGGAUCCCUGCUCAAGAAAAGGUGUUCGAAUCGCUGUAUGGCCGAGAAUAUCAUGCUUUGGUGCCAAGGAGGAGUCUGCCUUUAAUGUUGCUCUUUGUGAGCUGGCUGGACAUUUACCAUUUAAAAACAAGAAGGACUAUGAGCUCACAACUGAGAGGGUUGUGAUAGAAAUAAUCCAGAAGUACCUCCUGCCUGAUGAGGAGUUUCAUGCUUUGGAAAAACAGAUUUUAAGUCGUUUGAUGGCUCUGUAACUCAUACAUGCAAGAGUCCUGUACUUGAGCUGCACAUUUCACAUUUUAGUCCAAAUCAAGUAAAGACUUUUUUGUGACAAUCACAUAAAAAUGGCCAAGUAUCUUCACUACCUGUCAUACUUAAGGGAGUAAACUGUAUGUAUUCACCUGCACUGGAUAUAAAACAAGAUAAAUUUCACAAA